AUGGUUCCGGAAUCAUCAACGGGUUUAUCUGGAGAAGAGUUUUUAUUGGAGGAAUUCGACAUUGAUUUCGAAUUCGAUGCACCUAGGUUCUACGAUUUCUCUAGGCCAGAGCUUGAUUCAGAGACACAAGAAAUCGAAAUCUGGUUCGAAUCAGCUGGAAACUAUCCUCCUUCUCCCUUUAGCCCAAAGUACAAUUGGAAAUUUGAGCCACUUGAGAAAAUAACAAGCACCAGCUCAGAAUCUAAGCCUGUCGAGAUCUCAAAACCCGUCACCGAGUCCUUGGAUACCGGUCUGAAUCGAAAAGAUAAAUACAACGGGUUCAUAUAUUAUAACCAAACGGUAAAAGAUGUCUCCAAGACAAAACCUAAAUCAAAAACCAGACAAAGUAGCUCAACUCUGACAAGACCUACGGCUUCUUUGCUUGCAAGGCAGAACAAACCACUUGACAUUUACUCUGUUCAACUUUUGACAAGAUGUCAGAGAUCAUUAGGCAGGUUUUCUGAUAACAACUUAUCUCCGAUCUUAGUCUCUAAGAUGCAAAGCCAAGACACCAAAAGGCAAAAACUUGAAGCUAAGGUGGCUCAAGUUAAACCCAACAGAAGAUCUAAACUCACUGUUCCAAAGGAACCGAAUCUCCGAACUGCAGAAAGAUCUGAAAGACACAGGUCUAAGUUCAACUCAGGAACCGAACAGAAUGCGAAAUCAAGAAUUAGUUCAUCUAAAAGAAACACUACGAACAAAAAUAUUAAUCUUGAACCUUCUUCAACACCUUUGCCUAAAAGUAAUACUACACGGUCUCAAGAUCUUCAGGCGUUUCGCUUAAGAACAUCACUGAGAGCAAAGGAACGCUCUUCAAAUGCUAAAAUUGGAGCCAUACAAGAGAAUGAUGCUACUAACUCCAGAACGCUAAAACCCAUUGAUUCCUCAAAGGAUAGGGUAGUCAAAGGAAAUCACAGCAGAAAGAUAAAUUGCCAAGUGUAUGAAUCUCAUAUUUGCCCUCUAGCCUCAAAGAGUUCAAGCAAAGAAGAGCUCGGUGAAGCAAGUAGCUUCCAAUAUGGAACUCAGACCUCCUGCAGGACAGAUAUUAACUGGAGCCUGGAUUUAUGCCGGAAAUUCGAUUCACAGGAAGUUGCAGGGAGCCUGAUCAUUGCUUAA